AUGUUCUCAGCAAGGGCAGGGUGUCGAUUUGCGCUGACGGCAGCGAGGACCCAGCGUAUCGGCAUCCCAAGGGAGUCGACGGUUUCAUGCGCGGGAUUAGGAAGUCGCAGGCCCUUCUCAAGCGAGCCUCCCCGACCACACGAAUCACAUACUCGCCCACCGCCACCACCACCACCGCCGCCACCGCCGCCUCCAGACCAGGAUGCCAACGCUUCUAUCUUUUUCAAAAUGGUGGAGGCCGCUGCCACCUCGUUCGCCUCGAUACUCGUCUUGGGAGCCGGUUUUGGCUUGGCGGCGUAUGCUUACCACAAGUCAUACAAGUACAUGGUGCUCCACAAAAUGUCCAACGCCUUCGAACCUGGCGACCCCGUCCUCGAGCUUGCGGCGAUAGGGAAGGAUCUUCCGCUGGCGCACACCGCCGCGGCCACCCACUGGGUGGAGAGGCCCGAGCAGCCCAUUGUGGACGACAUUGUUGCCGGCCGCAGUAAAGGUCACUAUCAUCUAUUCAUCGGCGAGAAGGGCACCGGCAAGAGCAGCAUGCUCCUGGAAGCGAUGCGCAAGAUCGACGGCGACGGCGUGGCCAUGUUUGAGGCGCACGCCGACCUCGAGAUCUUCAGGAUUCGCCUAGGCAAGGCCCUGGACUAUGAGUUUCACGAGGAUUACAUUGGCGGUUACUUCAGCGAGCGCGGCCCGAGGGAUACCACCGCCCUUCUCGAUAUUGAACGCGCCCUCAACAAACUUGAAAAGGUGGCCCUCCGGAGGCGGGCCAAGGUUAAGGCACCGCUGGUGGUCAUCAUCAACCAAAUGCACCUGAUCCGGGAUGACGACGAUGGCAAGGACCUGAUUGAACUAUUGCAACAACGAGCCGAGCAAUGGGCGGCCUCAAACCUCGUGACGAUGGUCUUCAACAGCGACGACUACUGGGUCUAUGAACGGCUAAAGCAAUUGGCGACGCGGAUGGAUGUCCUCACGAUUCUAGACCUGCCUAAGACGCAGGCGACGGCCGCUCUCAAGAACUACCGUCAGCGGUACUUCAAUGAGCACCCAAGUUCUGAGAUCCUCGAGCAAGUCUAUGACCGCGUCGGCGGGCGAUUGAACUUCUUGAACCGCGUCGCAAAGAGCGACGACAUGCUCUUGGCCUGUGACAAGAUUAAAGAGUUGGAAAAAACCUGGUUUUUGAACCAAUGCUGGAUCCUUGGCGAGGAGAUGGACGACGAUGUGAUGGACCAGCAGAAGUGGGCGGCGGCGGCCGUUGUCCUCGCUACCGCCCUUGUAGACAAGGAGAAAGAGAUGGAGACCACGUAUGACCCCGUAGUAGGCCACGUGCUCCCGUCGUACCCCCUCUACAAGGCCCAGGAGAUCAUGACGCGCGUCGACUUUGUGCGCGCCUUCGACCGCUUGAACCUCUUCAGCAUCACCAGCGACGCCCAAGUCCGCGCCAGCUCCGUGCCCAUGCACCUCGCCUUCCAGGAGAUCGUAGCCCAGCCGGGCUUCCGGGAGCACCUCCAAGGCACCAUCGACCGUAUCGCCGCCAUUGAGAGCCUCGGACGUACGAGGGAAUUGGUCGCGAAGGAUCUAGUUCUCGGCGGAAAGUACGGGAUACGGAAGGUGCCGGGCGGCAUUGACGUGACACUGCAGGAAAAGGAAGAUGGGGAUGGAGAUGGGGGUGGUAAGGACUGA